UUAAGAGGUGAGGUUAAGGUUGUUGUGGUUGGUGCGCUGAGCUCCGCGGCUCCGAGAGCCGGCUGCGUCCCUUCUUCGCCGCUGCCAUGAAGUGGAUGUUCAAGGAGGACCACUCGCUGGAACACAGAUGCAUGGAAUCUGCGAAGAUCCGAGCGAAAUGCCCCGACCGGGUUCCAGUGAUUGUGGAAAAGGUCUCAGGCUCUCAGAUUGUUGACAUUGACAAACGGAAGUAUCUGGUUCCAUCUGACAUCACUGUGGCUCAGUUCAUGUGGAUCAUCAGGAAAAGGAUCCAGCUUCCUUCUGAAAAGGUGAUCUUCCUGUUUGUGGAUAAGACAGUCCCACAGUCCAGCCUAACUAUGGGACAGCUCUAUGAGAAGGAAAAAGAUGAAGGUGGAUUCUUGUACGUGGCCUACAGUGGUGAGAACACUUUCGGCUCCUGAGGCCGGCACUGGGCUGGUGCGGCGUUCCUGCUGUGGAUCUUGUAAAUAGCCGGCCAUUUUCAGUUACUCUACCAGAAACUCUUGACAUAGACCUAUCAGUGCAUUUGUAACUGGAUUUAUUUCUUAAUAUAUUGGAAGGUUUUGUCUCCUUAGACUAGUAAAUUAUCACACAGAGUUUUAUUUUGCGUUUUUUCUUUUUGUGCACUGUCCUCAUGACUAUACCCUCCAGAGAACUUGUUCCUCUGGGAAUCUUAUUUAAUGAAGAUAUUUCCAUAUUGAAGUGAGGGAGGUGGGAAUUAAAGUGAAAGGGGAGAUGAUGCAUUUAUUCUGGAUUAUGUUUGAAGUGUUAGAUGGUGAAGUGUUAAAAGCAUCCAAAUUAAAUCCAUAGCAAUCAGAACACUUGCUUUACUAGAUUUUGCCAACUGUCAGUCAUGUUGGACUGAACUAAUCUGUUCCUCUUUCUGAAACUAUUAAGGUAAAUAAUUAACAAUAAAACUUCCUCUUAUAAAGGCAAAAAAAAAAAAAGGAGGUGAGCUUAAGUGUGAGCUGUGCACAUGACUUCCCAUGUGUCACCAAAAUGCACAGUACGAAAGGGGGAAAGAGAAGACCGUAACAGGGAGGAAACCUGGCAAACAUUCCCUGAGCCAGGAGACUAAGGUCCACACCAGCAGAGCGAAGUCAGGCCCACGAUGAACCGCUGACGCGA